GUUGAACUGGAAAUAUUCCAAACGAACUAUCGUCGCUAUAUUUGCAGCCCUUUCUCAUUCUAAGACGCACACUGACGGCGACGUCGAAGGAGGUCGUCUUCUUCAGGAGAGGGGAGUCAACUAGAUCGCCUGGGAAGGAUCCCCUCUGAGGAACAGGAUGGAGCGAGUCACUCUGCUUCUGGUGCUGGUAGGAUUCCUGAGUCCUUGGGGAAGCCUCAAGGUGCAAGGACAGCCUAAAUUCUCUUUGCUUACGGACGGCUUUGACUUCGACCGCAUUUUAGGAGAGAUGAAGAAUUCUUUCAAGUUUCCGACUGCGCUUGGAAGCGAUACUUUUCCGCUAGAUUUCGCAGAUUCCUUUCCAAAACUACCUGAAUUUAACUUUCCUCCAUUAUUUCAAAGUAGUCCGUCAUUAACGAAGCCUCCUGGAAGCCCCUGGACAUUUAUCCCACCACAAGGAGGAGUUUCAUCAACCCAUGCUGCUUUAGUGGGACCAGGCUCAAUAUCUGGGUCUAGUGGGCCAGGAGGAAGCUUCGUUACUGGAACUGGGAACUGGUAUGCCGUCCCUGGUGGUAAACCUGGUUCUUCAGGGGCGUUUUUCCCACCCCAGGGAGGGGUUUCAUCAUCCCAAUCUGUUUUGAUGGGACCAGGCUCAAUUUCUGGGUCCAGUGGUCCAGGAGGAAGCUUCGUUACUGGAACUGGGAACUGGUAUGCCGUCCCUGGUGGUAAACCUGGUUCUUCAGUGGCGUUUUUCCCACCCCAGGGAGGCGUUUCAUCAUCUCAAUCUGUUUUAGUGGGACCAGGAUCAAUCUCUGGAUCCAGUGGGCCAGGGGGAAGCUUCGUUACUGGAACUGGAAACUGGCAUGCUGUCCCUGGUGGUAAACCUGGUUCUUCAGUGGCGUUUUUCCCACCCCAGGGAGGGGUUUCAUCAUCCCAAUCUGUUUUGAUGGGACCAGGCUCAAUUUCUGGGUCCAGUGGUCCAGGAGGAAGCUUCGUUACUGGAACUGGUGACUGGAGUGCCGUCCCUGGUGGUAAACCCGGUACUUCAGUGUUUUUCGCACCCCAGGGAGGGGUUUCUUCAACGCAUGCAGUUUUAGUGGGACCAGGCUCAAUUUCUGGAUCCAGCGGUCCAGGAGGAAGCUUCGUUACUGGAACUGGGAACUGGAGUGCUGUCCCUGGUAGUAAACCUAGUUCUUCAGUAGCGUUUUUCCCUCCCCAGGCAGGGGUUUCAUCAUCCCAAUCUGUUUUGAUGGGACCAGGCUCAAUUUCUGGGUCCAGUGGUCCAGGAGGAAGCAUUGUUACUGGAACUGGGAACUGGAGUGCCGUCCCUGGUGGUAAACCUGGUACUUCAGUGGCGUUUUUCCCACCCCAGGGAGGGGUUUCUUCAACUCAUGCAGUUUUAGUGGGACCAGGCUCAAUUUCUGGAUCCAGCGGUCCAGGAGGAAGCUUCGUUAAUGGAACUGGAAACUGGACGGCCUACCCUUCAAAGCCUGGCUCCACAGGCGUUAAAAAUGUGACCACAACACCUGGUCCAGAUUCAAUAAAGUCAUUGAAAAUGGUCCCCGAUAUCGCACUUGUUCCCACUGUGGGCAUUGUCCCCAAAUCUGAUGAUGUCUUCGAGCCUCCUUCUUAUCCUAUGGAUUAUCAACAGAUGCCGUCACUAGAAGCUCUGUACUAUCAUUAUUUCCUGAAUUACCUUUACAAUCCCUGGAUGCACUACAAUCCUUACUAUGGAGUUUAUGGAAUGUGACUGAACGUACCGUUCAGUUAUUUACAUGCCUAGAAGGAAAAUUUACAACUUUAUUAUAAAACCAAUGCUAAAUCCAAAACUUAAGGUAAAUGACGUCACUGUAGGAUCCCGCAGUUACUAUUACAUAUAAAAAAUUGUACUUCCUUUAUU